AUGAGCUGUCAGAUCUCGUGCAAAUCUCGAAGAGGAGGAGGAGGAGGUGGAGGAUUCCGGGGCUUUAGCAGCGGUUCAGCUGUGGUCUCCGGUGGGAGCCGGAGAUCGGCCUCUAGCUUCUCCUGCUUGAGCCGCCAUGGUGGUGGCGGAGGGGGCUAUGGCGGCGGCUUUGGCAGUCGGAGUCUUGUUGGCCUUGGAGGCACCAAGAGCAUCUCCAUUAGUGUGGCUGGAGGAGGUGGAAGCUUUGGCUCCGGUGGUGGAUUUGGUGGCAGAGGAGGUGGCUUUGGAGGCGGCGUUGGCUUCGGUGGAGGCAGUGGCUUCGGUGGAGGCGGCUUUGGCGGAGGCAGUGGCUUCGGUGGAGGCGGCUUUGGCGGAGGACGCUUUGGAGGUGGUGGUGGCUUUGGAGGUUUUGGGGGUCCUGGCGGUGUUGGGCCUGGAGGAUUCCCUGGUGGAGGCAUCCACGAAGUCUCCAUCAACCAGAGCCUUCUGCAGCCUCUCAACGUGAAAAUUGACCCAGAGAUCCAGAAUGUCAAGUCUCAGGAGCGGGAACAGAUCAAAACGCUCAACAACAAAUUUGCUUCUUUCAUUGACAAGGUGCGGUUCCUGGAGCAGCAGAACCAGGUGCUGCAGACCAAGUGGGAGCUGCUGCAGCAGCUGGAUGUGGGCACCCGCACCACCAACCUGGAGCCCAUCUUUCAAGCGUACAUUGCCAAGCUGAAGAAAUAUGUGGAUACGCUCUCUGCAGAACGAACAUCCCAAGAUUCAGAGCUGAGCAACAUGCAGGACCUUGUUGAGGAUUUUAAGAAGAAGUAUGAGGAUGAAAUCAACAAGCGCACAGCUGCUGAGAAUGAUUUUGUGACCCUCAAAAAGGAUGUGGACAAUACCUACAUGACCAAGGUGGAGCUGCAGGCCAAGACAGACGUGCUGACCCAGGAGAUAGAGUUCAUUAAAUUCCUUUUUGAUGCGGAGCUGUCCCAGAUGCAGCAGUCUGUCACCGACACCAAUGUCAUUCUGUCCAUGGACAACAAUCGCAGCCUGGACCUAGACAGCAUCAUCUCUGAGGUCCGUAGCCAGUAUGAGGAGAUUGCCCAGAAGAGCAAGGCCGAGGCCGAGGCCCUGUACCACAGCAAGUAUGAAGAACUCCAGGUGACCGCAGGGAAACACGGAGACAGCCUGAAGGAGGUCAAGAUGGAGAUCAGCGAGCUGAACCGCAUGAUCCAGAGGCUGCAAGGGGAGAUCGCCCACGUGAAGAAGCAGUGUAAGAGUGUGCAAGAAGCCAUCGCAGAUGCUGAGCAGAAGGGAGAGCAUGCCCUCAAAGACGCUCAGAGCAAGAUGUCUGACCUGGAGGACGCCCUGCAGCAGGCCCGGGAGGACCUGGCCCGGCUGCUGCGCGACUACCAGGAGCUCAUGAACGUCAAGCUAGCCUUGGACGUGGAGAUCGCCACCUACCGCAAGCUGCUGGAGGGCGAGGAGUGCAGGAUGUCUGGAGACCUCAGUAACAACGUCACUAUGUCUGUGACCAGUAGCAGCAUGUCAUCGAGUGUGACCUCCAAGACUGGCUUUGGAAGCUAUGGUUCUGGAGGUAGAGGAUCCGGUUCUGGAGGAGGCGGAGGCUACAGCUCUGGAAGUUCAAGUUACAGCUCUGGAGGCAGAGGCUCAAGCUCCAGAGGUGGCGGUGGAGUGGGCUAUGGCUCUGGUGGGGGCUCCAGAGGAGGCUCUGGCUCUGGAGGAGGAUACAGCUCUGGAGGCAGCUCCAGAGGAGGCUCUGGCUCUGGAGGUGGCAGUGGAGGAAAAUACAGCUCUGGAGGAGGAUAUGGCUCUGGAGGCAGCUUCAGAGGAGGUGCCGGCUCUGGGGGAGGCUCUGGCUCUGGAGGGGGAUAUGGCUCUGGAGGUGGCUCUAGAGGGGGUUCCAGCUCUGAAAAGGGGGGUUCUGGCUCAGGUGAAGGUUAUGGUUCCAGCGUGACCUUCUCUUUUAGAUAA